AUGAUCUCCCAGGAACACCUGAGGAAAUUUAGAAGUUGCCGAGAAAUGGUGAUCCUUGAGAGAUGUCAGGAACCAUGUCAGCUGCUAGCUCAAGUGUCUAUAACCUGCAGUGAACAGUGGCUGCAGGUCAAAGUUAAACAAAGACCUUAUUUGGAUAACCAGCAAAUCCAACCUUAUGAACUGUACCUAGGAACUGGCUGCCCUGUGACAGGAGGGUUGUUGGAUUAUUAUGAGUUUUUUUAUCCUUUGUCUUCUUGUGGAAUCACAGCUGAAGUACGCAUGUGGGGUAUACUUAUUGAAAGCUCAAUUACUUAUGAACCAGUGAAUCUGGACAUCAGGGGUUACUUGCCAAUAUCGUGCUAUAUACAAAGAAAGUUUACAUUCACUUAUUUUUCAAAAGUAAAAGGGAAUAAUAAAAACUGUGCAUCAAAUCAAUCAACAAGUCAGGAAAAAUCCACCUCAAAUCAAGUGGAAAACCAAAAGACACAGAAUAGUGUUCCCCCUUGUGGUCCACAUGCUAUCCCCUCCCGAUUAAGCAUAGGACUUGAACUGUAAAUUCUGGAUGGAGAGCCAUGGUACAGUGGCUGCCUGUGGAGAUGCACUGCCCACCGGAGGUUGGAAUAAUGCCUGUGGAUGACAUCUUUUAUCUAGCUAACAAUUAUAAUUUUAGAUGAGGAAUUUUC